ACUCUCAUUCCUCACUGCUCUGAUCUCUACUCUCAUCCAGACAUCUUGCUAUUACAGAAUUCAGAAAACAAACAUAAACUACAAAUGGGUUUGAAAGGCUUCGUUGAAGGAGGCAUUGCUUCAAUAAUUGCUGGAGCUUCCACUCACCCCCUUGAUCUCAUCAAGGUCCGAAUGCAACUUCAAGGCGAAUCCAAUCCUGCCCUAGUACAGGCCUAUCGUCCCACAGUUGUUGCUCUAAACACCCCAAAUGGAUACAUGUCUCUCCACAUCGCACCACCACCUCGUGUUGGACUUAUUUCCAUCGGGACCCAAAUCGUCAAAUCCGAAGGCGCUACCGCCCUUUUCUCCGGUGUCUCCGCCACAAUCCUCCGCCAAACACUCUACUCCACCACCCGUAUGGGCCUUUACGAAAUCCUAAAACAGAAAUGGUCUGAUCAUUCUGAUUCAGACACUGCCAAAUUACCAAUCAUGAAAAAGAUAGUAGCUGGCCUUAUUGCCGGCAGUGUCGGCGCGGCGGUCGGGAACCCGGCUGACGUGGCAAUGGUCCGCAUGCAAGCCGAUGGACGUCUACCUAUUGAGCAACGCCGGAACUACAAGAGUGUGGUUGAUGCAAUUAGUCAAAUGUCAAAGCAAGAAGGGAUUGCUAGCCUGUGGCGCGGUUCGGCUCUAACGGUAAACCGUGCGAUGAUUGUGACGGCUUCUCAGCUCGCAACUUAUGAUCAGGUGAAGGAGAUGAUAUUGGAAAAGGGUGUGAUGAGUGAUGGGAUCGGGACCCACGUGACGGCGAGCUUUGCCGCUGGGUUUGUGGCCUCGGUGGCUUCGAAUCCAAUUGAUGUGAUCAAGACUAGAGUGAUGAAUAUGAAGUUGGAGGCAGGAGAAGUGGCACCUUACUCUGGUGCAUUGGAUUGUGCCAUGAAGACUGUGAGGACAGAGGGGGUUAUGGCUUUGUAUAAGGGUUUUAUCCCUACUAUCUCAAGGCAAGGGCCAUUCACCGUGGUGCUCUUUGUUACACUUGAACAUGUCCGGAAGCUAUUCAAGGAUUUGUGAUCAUGGCAGAGUUGAAACAUUCUUUUUAGUGUCUAAUUGAGGAACAAAGCAAAUUGACAAUUUUUCCCAAUGUUUUUUUUUUUAUUCUUUGUGCUGACCUUUGAUAUAAAUAUUGCUUUAUUGAAUGGGUUGGGAGAGCAAUGUGAUUAGUUUAGAAGAAAAUGGUUAGUAUGAUUUAGCUAAAUUGCACUCUGUUAUCUCCACCAAAAGAAAAAAAAAAAGAGUUCUAAUUCUAUUUGGUUGUGAUCUUACUAUCAGUUUCAACUAAAUUGCAUACAAUACUUAAUGGCACUAU